AUGUCUUGGAGAAGAGGAUUAAAAGUUUUCCUGCUGCUGCGCACAGCAGCCUUGCAUUUUAAAGCUGAAACUGUCCCGGUUACCGUUUGGUAUAAAACUCUUCAACAAGUCCAUCAUUGGGAUCUGCUCACCUCUGUGUUUCUUUCUCACCAACAGGGCCCGAACCUGAUCAUUAAUCAGCCGGACGAGCUCCUGGACGGCAUGUCGGAGUGGUGCAAAGAGCAUCAUGGGAAGUCUGGCCUUACAAAGGCCGUGAAGGAGAGUAAAAUUUCAUUGCAGCAGGCAGAGUAUGAGUUUCUGUCCUUUGUACGACAACAAACACCCCCUGGUCUCUGUCCUCUUGCAGGCAACUCUGUUCACGCAGAUAAGAAAUUUCUUGACAAAUACAUGCCUCAGUUCAUGAGGCACCUUCAUUACCGGAUCAUUGACGUGAGCACUGUCAAGGAACUUUGCAGACGCUGGUAUCCAGAAGAAUAUGAAUUUGCACCAAAGAAGGCAGCCUCUCACAGGGCGCUUGAUGACAUCAGGGAAAGCAUCAAAGAGCUUCAGUUCUACAGAGACAGCAUCUUCAAGAGGAAAACGGAUGAAAAGAAAAGAAAACUAAUAGAGAAUGGAGAAAGUGAUAAAACUGCCAGCUGAUUUCUCUUCUUACAGUGCCAUCCCACAGCAUACACUAGACGUAUCUCCUGGUUCUUUUUUGUUUGCUGUUCUCUUGGGAAGCUGCACCCUUCAGUUACCUUGUUUCUUAACAGUUGUUAAAAUGCAGACGGAAGUCUCAGUUACUGCUGCUUUUCUGUUUGAGCAAGGAAUCUGCCCAUGUAAGUCUUGGCAGCUCCUUCAUUUGUAUGUACUAGGUGAAAUCUGCUGUUUGAUACUCCUCUUCAUCUGGUUUUAGAUGCAGUCUUUCGCUACACAAUAAAACCAGUUCUGUUGACAUAAUA